AUAUUGCCAGGAAAGAGCCUUCAAAAGUCUGGUUUAUCAUUAAAAACUCCUAACUCCCAACUCUCUAGUUAUCAAACAAUAUGGAUUUGCCAUUACCAAUACCAAAGAGAAGAAAAAUCAAUUCGGAUUCCAUUGCUACUCAACAAGAAAAGGCCUCUUCUUCCUCUUCUCGCACCUUGGAGGAGAUGCAGCCUCUGCCGCCGACGGUCCAGCUCGACGAGAUCACCGAGGAGGAUUCUCCUCUCACCCGUUCACGUCCAUACGAUGUGUUUUUGAGUUUUAGAGGUAUGGAUACACGAAACACCUUCACAGGCCAUUUGCACACUUAUUUGGUUCAGAAGGGAAUUAAUACCUUCAUAGAUGAUGAAGAGCUUAGAAAAGGAGAAGAAAUGUCAUCUGCACUUCUCAAAGCAAUUGAAGGGUCAAAGAUUUCUAUUGUCAUAUUCUCUGAAAACUACGCAUCCUCAAAGUGGUGUUUGGAUGAACUUGUUCAUAUCCUUCAAUGUAAGGAGUUGAACAAACAAUUGGUUUAUCCGGUGUUUUACAAGGUGGAUCCCUCCGAUGUAGGGUACCAGAAGGGUAAAUACGGUGAGGCACUUGCUGAACAUGAGUCCAGACUCAAAGACAACAUGGACAAGGUGAAAAGAUGGAGGUCGGCUCUUACGGAUGCAGCAAAUUUAAAAGGGAAGCAUUUCGAGGACGGGCAUCAUGAAGCUAGUUUCAUUAGUGAGAUUGCUGAAGAGAUUUCAAAACAAGUAUUAAAACGUAGCUAUUUAUAUGUGGCAAAGUAUCCCGUUGGAAUAGAGUCUCGUGUACAAGAUGUGCUUAAGCUUCUAGAUGUCGGCGGAAGUGAUGUUCGCAUUGUUGGUAUAUGGGGUAUUGGCGGGAUAGGCAAAACAACAAUUGCUAAAGCUGUUUACAACUUAAUUGCUUAUAAGUUUGAAGGUUGGUGUUUCUUGGCAAAUGUUAGGGCAGCUUCAGUACCCCAUCAAGGCCUAGUUCAACUACAAAUUAAUCUUCUUCAUGAGAUUUUAGGGGGGCAGAAAAUGGAGAUGAUUGAUGCUGAUAGAGGAAUCCAGGUGAUAAAGGAAAGAUUGGAUGGUAAAAGGGUGCUUUUAGUUCUUGAUGAUGUGAAUGAAUUGAACCAGUUGGACAAAUUAGCUGGAGGAUUGGAUUGGUUUGGUCAUGGCAGCAGAAUUAUCAUAACAACAAGAGAUAAACGUUUGCUAAUUGCUCAUCAAGUCUAUCCAAUAUACACAGCCAAGGCAUUAGAUAAUGAUGAAGCCCGUAACCUCUUGAUUUUGAAUGCCUUCAAGGAAAACAGAAAUCCAGAUGAGUGUGUGCAAUUCCCAAUUGAUACUGCUUUACUCUAUACUCACGGUCUUCCAUUAGCUGUGAACAUUUUAGGUUCACAUCUCUGUGGUAAGAGUAUAAAUCAAUGGCAUGCUGCAUUAGAUAAUUACAGAAAGUUUCCUAAUUGCGAUAUCCAAAAAGUUCUCGAAACAAGUUACAGUGCAUUGGAAGAUCCGUUGAAAGAAGCAUUUCUCGACAUUGCAUGUUUAUUAAACGGUAAAAAAAGGGAGUAUGUGAGGCAAGCACUAGAUGGUUCUUACCUCAACCCUGUACAUGCUAUUGAAGUACUUGAAGAAAAGGCCCUCGUAAAUACUGAUGAAUCUGGUAAGAUUUGGAUGCAUGGCUUGCUGCAGAAAAUGGGAAAAGAAAUAGUACGUAAAGAGUCACCCGAUGAUGCUGGUAGACGUAGCAGACUAUGGUUUCAUGAGGAUGUUUAUCGUGUUUUGACCGAAAACACAGGCUCAAAUAAAGUUAAAGGCAUCAGAGUAGAGCUACCCGGAGAAGAUGAGAUAUGUUUGAGUGCUAAAUGCUUUAAAAAGAUGAAAAAUCUUCAACUUUUUAUAAACAUUAAUGCACGCUUCUCUGGAGAGGUUAAUUAUCUCCCAAAUCAGUUGAGGAUCCUUGAUUGGCCUGGAUUCCCAGCACAAUCUUUGCCAUCCGACUUCAGUCCACAAAAACUGGUGAAGCUCAAUAUGCCAAACAGUCGCAUCUCACGACUUGGGCGAGGAUUCAAGAAUUUACAAAAUUUAAAAUCUCUAAGUUUUCAAAGUUGCAAAUUCCUAACAGAGGUCCCUGACUUGUCUGGAAUGUUAAACUUGGAGAUGUUGAAUUUAAGUUUGUGUACAAGUUUAGCUGAAUUGCAUCAUUCUGUUGGAUCCCUUGAUAAGCUUGUUGAAUUCCAUCUUAUAGGUUGCUAUAACCUUAAGAUAUUUCCAAGAAUGGACAAAAUGAAAUCUCUGCAACAUAUUAAUUUUAAUGGCUGCAAGAGGCUCGAGAACUUCCCAGAAAUUUCGGAAAGGAUGGGAUCCUUAACAAGCAUGACUCUAUCUGGAACUGCCAUCAAAGAAGUGCCUAUAUCAAUUGGAUAUCAUCUCUAUAAUCUUUCAUCUUUGCGUUUCAAUCAAUGUAAAAACCUUACGCAUCUGCCACUGAGCAUUUAUGAGUUGCGAGAGCUAUGUGCUCUUGAACUCACAGAUUGCCCAAAACUAGUGCUAACUCCAUUUCCGAAGAAAGCGAAAUACAGUGAAGUGCCAACUCCAACGUCUAACUCAAACAUUUCACAUUACGGCAAGGCAAUUUCAUCAGAAAGAGAAAGUGAUGGUGACAAUGAUGAUGAUGAUGGUGAUCAACGCAAUUUAGCAUUUCCUUCACUGGGUUACUUCAGGGCUGGAGGAUGCUAUAGUUCAGACAUUGAUAUCCUUGUGACGUUUUCUUGUGCCUCAACCUUAAAAGUGCUUAAUUUUUCAGAAAGCAAUCUUGUCAGUCUUCCCGCUUGCCUUACCAAAUUUAUCAACUUGGAGACGCUUCAACUGUGGGAUUGCAAGAGGCUUCAAGAAGUUCCAGAGUUUCCACCUAAUUUGAAAAAUUUAGAUGUGGGAGGUUGCGUAUCAUUGGAAAGAAUUUCAAAGUUAUCAAACAUUUUGAAACAUGAAGAAUCGCAAAUGUUUGAAUGGCUGGACUUGACCGAUUGCUGGAGACUGUAUGACAAUCUGGUUCAGGAGGCAAAGAAGGAAGGUUUGAUAGUAAGCGAUGAUCAUCAGCUGGAGGCUAUCCUCUCCUCUCUUUUUCGCUAUUCUCAGAAGUAUAAAUUCGUGGUUGUACUUCCAGGUUACGAAAUUCCAAAGUGGUUCAGCUGUCAAAUGGAUUUCGAAGGGAAUACUCUGUUUGAAUUUGAUAUUCAAGUCCUUCCUAAUUUCAAAUGGCACAAUACAGGAUUGGCUCUAUGUGUUACCUCCAAAAAGUUAACAUAUUGGCAUUUCAGAAUUCGAUUCAAUGGAGUACUAGUGUGGAGUAAUUCAGCUGAUGACUAUUUAAGCUAUGAGGAAGCUGAUUCGGCUUGCGUGUGGCUGCAAAAUAUUCCGUUCAAUAUAAUGGAUAUGAGUCGGUUUGAUUCAGGGCGUCCGCAGCCACCUUUUCAAUGUCAAGUUAGUAUCUAUCAAAUAUUCGAUCCUGACGUGGCUCAUCCCUUGAAAAGUUGCGGAGUGCACCUGGUAAUGCCACCAAAUGAAGAGUGUAUGAAACUAUCUCAGGCAAGAAUGGAAUCAUCAGACGACUAUCCUGAUGAAUCCGAUUCAAGUGACGAAUAUCUUAUUGAAUUCAAAUGAAGUGACGACUUUGUUGAUGAACUCGAAUCAAGUGACUCUCACAGCGAGUUGGCAAAUAGCUCAAGAGAAGAAGGGCCGUCAGGACUCAAGAGAGGCUGAAUUGAUCUUUAAUUGGGUUAGUCCUUCAAAUUCUUCACCAUUCGCAAUUUGUAUACCUGUUGAGAACUUCUUUUCUUUUCUUUUUGUUGGUGAUAAAGGUGAGGAACUUAAGAUAACACCUACCACCCUUCUACAGCUUCUAUGUGUACGUUUGUGUUUUUGCGCAAGUAGAACAUAUGUGUUUGUGUGUAUAACCUAUGCUUUGCCAUGAAUGAAUGUUCUUUUAGUCCACCGACAUGGCGACAUGAGCCAUCUUACAUUUUCAGCAGAUCCAAAGCAGUUAUCUUCCUUGAAAAAGAAGUUUCAUUACCUUGUUUCAAUAUUCCAUGAGAUUGUCUGCGCUAUGGUUUGGAUGUAAUCGAUAUGCCUGAUACUUGUUUCUUAUCAUGUAACUAAAGAAACUUUUCUUAAAUGCUGAUUAAGUGAAAUGGCUGGUCACACGAUUGCUGAUGCUGAAGGACCAAGUGUUGUCAAUGAGAUCAAUCUGUAGCAUCACUGCACUUGCUUUACUGCAUCACUGGAAUGACCACGGGAAAGUGAAGGCACUAAUUCCAUGACUUGCUGGAUAAAGGUGAAGAAAUCAGUCUUGUUGAUCAAGUCAGAUGCUAAACUGCGAUAUUAUCCCAUCAUGAAUUUGUGGACACUUUCAAGUUUCAACAGUGCUGUUUUGAACAGAAAUUGUUGUGUUUUGCUUCAUUGUGAUUCCCUUUUGUGGUUUUACUCAAUUUGAGAUGCUAUCUGGUUAUUUUCUC